AUGAAGCCCCACGCCUUCGCUUAUUUGGACGACAUCAUCGUCAUCGGGGCAACGUGGGAGGACCAUGCGCGCAAUCUGAGGGAAGUCUUCCGGCGCCUGCGAGAAGCGAAUCUACGCUUAAAUCGGGGUAAGUGCCAGUUCUUCCAAAGAAGAUUAGUGUAUUUGGGUCACCUGAUCAGCGAGGAAGGCAUCAGGACAGACCCCAAAAAAAUAAAGGCAAUUCAAGGACUACAUCCCCCGACUAACGUCAAGGAACUUCGCCGCCAUCUCGGAAUCGCAUCUUGGUACAGACGUUUUGCCCAAGACUUUGCCUCCCUAGUACAACCAAUGUCGGGUCUUCUGAGGAAGGGAGUAAAGUGGACCUGGGAAGAACCCCAACAGCAGGCAUUCAAUUUACUAAAGGCGCGAAUUGACUACCAGUUCGGCGUACUUUACCGGAAGGGUAAAUACAACGUGGUCGCCGACGACCUCUCCCGGCAACCACUCGGAAGACUCCAGUUACUCGCGGAACUUAAGUGCCACUGCAAAUGGGUACGAAAGAUGCAUGAGCAGGUCCAAAGACGUCCCGAGAAAUUUCCGGACUACUCCCUGGAUAAUGGACAGCUUUAUAGACACAUAGGACAUCCCACAGGCGUCAGGGUAGGAAACCCCUGGAAGCUGGGCGUACCCCGAAAACAGCGUCAACGCGUACUAGGAGAAUGCCACGUCCAUCCCUCCGCCGGGCACCUGGGCAUCCGGAAAACACUCAGGAGGGUCGCCCAACGUUACUGCUGGCCUGGACUUCAUCGGGACGUGGUACGGUAUGUCACUAGCUUUCUGACCUGCCAACAGUACAAGACUUCGUUGGACCCCUUCCCCGGACCCGACGCGAAAACACCGAGGAGGUUGAUUUGCGACAACGGCACGCAAUUCACCAUCCGAAGCUUUCGGGCGUUCUACCGGAACAACGGUAUUCAACUGGAGUACACCGCUCCGUACUCCCCCCAGCAAAAUUCGACGGAGCGCGCCAACCGUACUAUUAAGACAAUGAUAGCACAAUAUGUGAAUUAG